AUUGCUAGAACACGGAAAGCAGGGUUAGGGGCUCGAGGGACAGGGGGAGCGAGAACAGAAAGACUGAAAGGAGAGUGACGGACGCCCGAAAAUAGGGAGCUAGGGUGCUGAGGGGUAGGAGCCACGUGGGACUGCGGACUGGAGACAUGGAGAUGCAGACCAGGUGACAUGGGAUACCGACGACAGACAUGGGGUUGCUGACAGGGUCCAUGAAAUGCAGACAGGAGCAGGACAAAGAGAAAAAGAAGAAAGAAAGCAUCUUGGAUCUGUCUAAGUACAUUGAUAAGACCAUUCGAGUGAAGUUCCAGGGUGGCCGGGAAGCUAGCGGUAUCCUGAAAGGGUUUGACCCACUGCUCAACCUGGUGCUGGAUGGGACCAUUGAGUACAUGCGAGACCCUGAUGACCAGUACAAGCUGACGGAGGACACUCGGCAGCUGGGGCUUGUGGUGUGUCGUGGCACCUCGGUGGUGCUCAUCUGCCCACAGGAUGGCAUGGAGGCCAUCCCCAACCCCUUCGUGCAGCAGCAAGACGCUUAGCUGCAAUGGAGGGCCGCCCAGCCCCCAAAGGAGGGCAGCUCAGCCCUGGGGACCUGCCUUCCAUGGGGCGAACUUCUGUUUGAUGUUUUGGUCUUUUGUUCUUGUUUUGUUUUUUGUUUUUUUAAUAAAAUUGCCCAUGUGAGCAUCCUGGUGC